AUGGCUCGAGUUCGAGCUGAUAUGCGAUUGGAGUCACGUCGCCAUGGACCUUAUCCACAAAGAAAACGUCAAUCAGGUGAGAAUUCUUAUGUUUUGUCCUAUCUUUAGAUGAAUGAGGUCAAUGUGGGAAUGGAGAAAGAAGAAUUUCCUUGAUUUUCUUGUAUUUUUUCGCUUUUGUCGAAAUUUUCCAAUUUUUCUCACCUAAAUUAUCUAAAACAAUUUGGGGAGGUGAAGCAAGUUGAAUUGUUUUAAAAUUGAAAGAAUCCUCAUGGUAAUUUAGGGUAAAUGUGAACCUGAAAGAAUAUUAAAACAGGUAUUCAAGCAAUAUCUAUGACAUUACACCAAUAUUUAUCCCUUUUUCCUUGACCUCAAGUAUAAGGUGCAAAUUGCGGAACUGACUUCGAAUUUUAUGAUCUUAUACGUCUGAAAUUUUUAAAACAGUUGAGUGCUUGUGAUUUUUUGGCGACCAUUGGAUUUCCCGGCUUUCAGUUAAAAAACGGGUCUUAUUUUAGGUAACAACUGGACUUGAUCUGGUAACAAUCGCUAGAAUUUUUAUGUAAUAUUGUCUCAUGCGUCUCACAUGGUUUCUACUUAUUUUUUGGUGUGUUACGGUCAUUUCUGCAAGUUUUUGUUCCAAAAUUUACCCACCUUAUUUUAAUAUUCCAGAUGAAAAACUGUCGUCUCGAAGAUCAGAUUCCCGGAAAGAGAGCUCCUCAAAACGUCGGAAAUCUCCUUCGCCUUUGAGAAAGUCCAGUUCGAGGGAAAAACAGGCUGUUCCGAAGCCAAAACCGCCGCCUUUGACCUCUCUUGCCGACCAAAAUUUGGAGCCGGCAAAAAUUAGCACAAAUCUGGUGGACUACCCCGAUUCCACUCCUUCAACGGGCACUGACACCAAUGGGGACUGGCACGACACUUUAUCCGCAGUUCAGAGCGAACGGAUUGAGUUCGAAGACAGCGGAGUUCAGUGUGAUCUGCUUGAUGAAGAUAAAGAAGAAAAAGAAGUUGAAAGAGGGAAGAAGUGUGAGAAAGUUGUGGAGAAAGUGGAUGUAGAGACUAGUACUAAGUUUUCUGUAAGUUUUUUUGGUUGUUUUGCUUUCAAGUUUAGACUACUUUGCAAACUGCGCAGGACAUGUUAUACGAUGGUUGUAAAAUGGGAGUUGGAUCGAUUAAAUGUCGAUUCCGGGUUGUCUACACUUUUUGAGGAGUGUGGGUCCUUCAUUUUUCCCAAAUGUUAUGAUAACCUUCAAAGGCGACGUUUUAUGCGACUAUUUUUUAAACCCUCAAUUAUAACAUCAUUUUUUGCAGGUUGUAAUCCAAGAGCAGGAACUCCGUCCAUUUAUGCGUACAAUGCCUCCCGGACGCGAAGAGCUCUAUCGAAUGACUCACGCGGGCAGAGAUUACACAUUGAUCUUGUGUGGAAGAUGGCCAAUGCCGCUCACCGAGUGGUACGAUUGUAUUCAGGUAAGCAGCUUCAUUUUUUUUGCAUUUUUGGCGUUUAGAUCCACGAAACUCUCGCAAUUGAGCCCUCCUUGGAUUUGGUCUGCAAAUUGUUGCCGUUUCAACGAGCCUCGAAUCUGAUAUUUAUGCCCAACUACAAUUGGCUGAACCUCAAAAGUCCCAUUUGCCAAUCGCCGAAGAUCGUCUUCGACGAGCUGAAGAAGUUGCGACAGUUCGCGUUGUUCCAAUAUAAAAACGCGGAUCGCCCGAAGAAGAUGGUUUUUCUCAGCCUUCCCAAACGGACCUAUCCGUCCAUGGUGCAGCUGGAUUCGUUGCUAAAAACAUUCCAAACCUUCUACAUCGACACAUCCAAGGCUCUAGCGGGAUUCGAGUACUCGACGUAUGCCGAAGUUCAUGCUGCCCCAUAUGAAUUGAACAGUUAUUUCGCGACUUUUGUCCUGCACAGUGCAAUGGAAGAGGCCAAAAAAGUGCUGGAUGAAAUCGCGGCGAAGGAAGAGAAACUCAUGACCCAAUAUCGAAGCCCUUUAGCGAGGGGGUUACAAAGGGAAAAAUUUUGA